AUGGACGUCGUCGUCGUUGGUAGCUGUAAUACUGACUUGUCAAGUUAUGUCUCUCAUCUCCCAAAAGAAGGAGAAACCGUAAUAGGUUACAAGUUUGAUACUGGCUUUGGAGGUAAAGGGGCAAAUCAAUGUGUAGCUGCAGCAAAACUUGGAGCUAAAGUGGCCAUGAUUGGUAAACUUGGUAGUGACUUAUAUGGGCAAGAGUAUCUGAACAACUUAAAGGCUUACGGUGUGAACUGUGAUUACAUGGGCAUAGAGGAUGGUGAAUCUACAGGUGUUGCUGCAAUAUCUGUUGCUGAUAAUG